UACCUUAUCCUCCCAAACUGAAUUCAAACUGCUCUCACUCCACUUGAUUCUCGAGAUACAAAGAGAAGCAACAUCAAUAGCGAAGAAAAGAAAUGAGUUCUACAAGCAGAGCUUGGGUUGUGGCUGCAAGCGUUGGGGCAGUCGAAGCACUGAAGGAUCAAGGGUUUUGUAGAUGGAAUUACGCCAUUAGAUCUCUCCAUCAACACGCCAAGAACAAUUGCAGAUCUCUUUCUCAAGCCAAAAGACUUCCCUCUUCCUCUUCUUCAAUUGAGAUGGCUAAGAAGGUGGUUCGAUCCGAAGAGAAGUUGAAGCAAUCGGAAGAAUCUCUGAGAAAAGUUAUGUACUUGAGCUGUUGGGGUCCCAAUUGAGCUCCAAAUGUUUCUACUGCUAAUGACUUGUGCCACUCCGGAGCUGUAUCACUCCUAUUUCCUCCAAUUUUGUAAAUACUGAUUGAGAGAACAUUGAUUCCAGAGACGAAGUAAAGAGAUUAUAUACAUCAUUCCUAAUUUCUUAUCA